UGUCAGCGGAACUGUUUUCGAACUAGACGCCGGAAAAGUGUUUCACUAAGGGAAGUGACGCAACUCUAGAGUUAAGGGUUCGCGAUGUCGCUCUAUUGCAGCGUGAGAUGUAUGCUCGUUUCACAUUUCCCUGUAACUUCCUUAAUCACAAGAGGAGCAUCAAAGAAGGCUGGUGGUAGCUCGAAAAAUCAUGGAGGGAAGAGUCCUGGGAGAAGAUAUGGAUUCAAGAAGCUUGAUGGGGAUUUUGUCCAUGCUGGUAACAUUCUUGCCACACAGCGCCUGAUGCGCUGGCACCCAGGGUCACAGGUGGGAAUUGGCCGCAACAAAACCUUGUUCGCGUUGGAGGAUGGCAUUGUUCGUUACACAAAGGAAGUCUUUAUUCCACCCCCUCGCAGUACCCAAACAUCUGACGUCAUUUGCCAACUUCCCGUUCAUGCAAUCCUACACAAAACAUUCAUAAAUGUAAUUCCUGUGCGUCAAAACAGUCACUUCAAACUUGUAGAAAUGAUGUGAGGAUGAUAUAUAUAUAUAUAUAUUCAUUAUUAAAUUUAUUGUUUUUCAUGACUA